CAACCAGGAAGAAAAGGGGAUGAAUACUAGGGGACAACUAACAGUCUCUGCCCCAGGAUUUCUGGGAAAAUAAAAUUGAAAUCUGAAGGUCUUGUAGAAAUUUGCCUGAUGCACCCUCUCGAUGUGGUGAAAACAAGGUUCCAGAUUCAGAGAUGUGCAACUGAUCCAAACAGUUACAAAAGCUUAGGACACAGCUUUCGAAUGAUUUUCCGCACAGAAGGGUUGUUCGGUUUUUACAAGGGAAUUCUGCCACCCAUCUUGGCUGAAACACCAAAAAGAGCAGUGAAGUUUUUCACCUUUGAGCAGUACAAGAAAUUGCUAGGAUAUGUGUCACUGUCACCAGCAUUGACCUUUGCCAUUGCUGGAUUGGGAUCUGGACUAACAGAAGCCAUUGUGGUCAACCCUUUUGAGGUAGUAAAAGUUGGCUUGCAAGCCAAUCGGAACAAAUUUACAGAGCAACCAUCCACCAUGAGUUAUGCAAGACACAUCAUUAAGAAGGAAGGCUUGGGACUCCAGGGCCUCAACAAAGGAUUUACAGCAACUUUGGGACGUCACGGAGUUUUCAACAUGGUUUAUUUCGGCUUCUACUACAAUGUCAAGAACAUUAUUCCUGUCAAUAAGGAUCCAACCUUGGAGUUUCUGAGAAAAUUUGGGGUUGGUCUUCUCUCGGGCACAAUAGCCUCAGUCAUUAACAUCCCUUUUGAUGUUGCCAAAAGUAGGAUUCAAGGGCCUCAGCCAGUUCCUGGAGAGAUCAAGUACAGAACCUGUUUUAAAACAAUGGCCACGGUCUAUCAGGAAGAAGGCAUUUUAGCUUUGUAUAAAGGCCUGCUUCCCAAGAUUAUGAGGCUUGGACCAGGUGGUGCAGUGAUGCUGCUGGUUUAUGAAUACACCUAUUCAUGGCUUCAGGAGAACUGGUGAUUGCCUACAGAGUAUUUUUUCCCCCUUGUGAUAAUGGAUAUUCAUUAUACAGCACCAUGAGAAGAAGAGAAUAUCGAUCAGCUGAGCUGAUACAAUGAUAAAUUAUAAUUAUACAACUAUACAUAAUUAUAGAGGGCAAAACAGUUUGUUCAAGAACAAAACCUAUUUUGAUACUUCAAAAAUUAUCUCUAGACAAUUAGAAACUGUCGUUUUGGUCAAAUCCAUAAAACUGUGAGAAGAAAAUUACUACUAUGAAGCAAUGAGGUAUAUAAACUGAAUAUAGAAAAACAGCAUGAAAUCAGAUAUACUUCCUAAAAGCAAUAUAAAUUUUAUGACCUAUGUUCCUCUUACAAGGCUUCACAAGGAAAAUUCAUUGUGUUGAUGAUUAUUUUCUCCCAAAAGGUCAAGAAGUGCUUAAAAGGGAAAAAAAAUUAAGCCAAAAUGUAAACAGUUUUUAUAAGGAAUUAAAUUCUUCCAUAAGUGGUAUUUAAUGAUAUACAAGGAAGAUAUUUCUAAAGUGUAUCAAAAUGACCUUUUAAAAUUUUAUUUUAAAAUGUGAGUUUGUUUGUUUCUUUUAGUAAUAAUACUCAUCUCAGCUAUAUUUUCCUAAAUCUACUUUAUAUUUUUCACUGUUGGUUAAUACUUUAAAAUCAUGAUAUUUGAAGUCUUUUAUGACAAAUACAAAACAUGAAAUUAUAUUAAACUACUUUCCCUUUGAAAACAAGUUUUAAUGCUGAAAUAUUUUCAUGCUAAAUCACAAAUUCGAACCACUCCUUGGGCCCGUUUGUGCUAUCUGUAUUUGCAUCAAAUACCUUUGUUCAGAACUCUUACCUAUGCCAUUCUUAAAAAUGAUGUUGAGAAUAAAACUAAAUUUCUAGAUUAUUAGUUUUAAGUGACGGUUUCAGGUGUGAAGUCGACUAACUGCAGUGUUAGAAUAUGUAUUAUGAAGGGGAAAAUGUUUCAAAGGAGAAGUACAUUCUUAGCAUUUCCAAAGAUUCCUGUACUAACAUGCACUCCAAAAAUUAUCUCCUUGGCAUUGAUAUAACCAAACUUAAUUUUAUAUACGCAUCCUGAAACGAUGCUGCUUUGGUAGCUCGAGUCAACAAAAAUAUCUGCAUGUUCUAGAUGGCACCCGCUCUUAACCACUACAAGAUAUUCCUACCAUGAAGCUGUGUCACUAAAACAUUUUGAAAAUAAAAAAUGAAAGAUAACAUAGUAAUUAUUACUCUUUAUUAAUUUAGAGCAUUUAAAGUAUAAAAAUAAAGGCUUUUUGACAUACUGUAUAUACAUACACAGCCUUCGGUUGUACAUCCUUUCCAACGUGUUUUUUUAAUUUAUAUUUCAGCCGAGUAUUUAAUGAGGGUCGUUAAAAGUAGGACAAAACAAGAGAAAUAAGAAUGUGUCUGUUGUCCAACUGCAUUCUAUCCUUCAGGUAAUACUCUUGCCUUCUGUGAAAGAGAGCACUGCCUGCAUAGAGGCCAUGAAAUUGAACCUUUAACCUCUCCAUGUGGAUGGGAUGGAAAAGGAUCUCUGAAGAGUGCAUUUGCCAGGUUAAAAACAACACUUUUACCCCCUAAGAAUCAGAGGAAGUAUGUCAACAGUAACCAAUAAUAAUAAUGUUUUAAAAAUCAAACCACCCCAUAUCCCAUCCCACUUUCCUUCUCUCGUUUUUAAAAGUAGCUUUCAAUCAUAAUGUGCUUUAAAUAGCCAAUUGUAUUUGGGCUUUCUCUUUUUCAAUUUACUCCAUGUGAAUUCACUGUUGCUAAGAAAAAACCUAGGGUAAAAAGAAAAGGAAAACUUUCAUACUAUUAAUAUUAGAUUUUUAACGAUACAAGAACCGGAAAAAAUAUAUAAAUAGCAUAAUAACAAGAGAUUUCUUAAUUUAGAUAAAGAAAAUAACAUUUAGUUAUGUUUCCAUACAAACAAUUGAUAUUUUUUAAAGACUCCUAAUAGCCGCCUAAAAACAUCUGAUAAGGAAUAAUUCUGUACCUUAUGUCAGUUUUUCUGCAUGGCAGGAGAGUCCCUGUACAGUGUGGUUUUAAAGUCUCCACCAAAAUAUUGGACUGGUAUUUUGUUCCAUUCGGUUUAUAGUCUAUUUUCUCACCAGACUGGGAACUCCAGAUGUCAAUAGGAGCUUUACAAGAUCAAAGGAAGACUACGGCCCUGAGAGUUCAUCUGCUUCUUCUGCUUAUUCUUCUCCUGAAGUUAUAAUCCUGUUUGCAGCACUGAAUUUCGGUUGCUUUAGAAAUAAAUGCAGUUCAAAGCUCUCUAUGAGAUAUCUCCUGCUUG